CGGCUGUCGCUUUUAUCUUCCUUGCUAUUUUGGGUUCUAUAAAUUCUAUCUUUCGCUGCCUCGCUAGUCACCAACUCGUAUGUCCUCCUAAUUCCCUUGGAUAAUUUACUGCUCUCCAGGCUCAGAUUAUCCUUGAAUUGAAUCAAAUGGAAGUUACAGGGGGUUAAGACUUGCUGGUUUUUAUGGCCUUGACUGAUAUUUGGGCAAUGUGUGGAGGAAGGGACAACGUUGGCUUCAAUAAUAUUCUGCAUAGGAGAACAGAAAGAAACUACAGUAAGAGCAAAGCUUUUGGUAUGGAAUUUGAAUCAGACUGGACGAAACAUAGAAAAUCCUCGGCAUUUACAGCUCAAGUGAUUCGUUCUGCAACCUCUUUUAUGCCUUGGUCUUGUAGAAUCCCUAUUGGUGAAGGAUAUCAUGAAUUUCUUUAAUUAAAAUUCUGUCUUUCAAUCAUAUUUUACAAUCUUUGGGUGAAAAAGUUGACAAAAAAACGAGAAUCAUUCAUAUCUUUCGCUUCUCAGUUCAGUCAAUGCUGGGGUUUGUGAGUGGAAAGAAGAGAUUAACAGAACCGAAUAUGUGUUUCUCCAAUUCAGUCAAGCAAAAUGUACCGGCUUGUUCGAAAAGCAAUCCUUGUUUCUCUUCUCAGGUUGCUUAUGAUCUUGACAGCCCCAUUCUAGCUGGGCUGCCUGAUGAUGUAGCAAAGUAUUGCCUUGCACUUGUUCCUCGUUCCAACUUCCCAGCUAUGGGAGGUGUCUGCAAAAGGUGGAGGUCAUUUAUUCAAAGCAAAGAAUUCAUCACUGUGCGGAAAUUAGCUGGGGUGCUAGAGGAAUGGCUCUAUGUCUUGACUAUGGAUGCUGAAGGGAAGGAAAGCCACUGGGAGGUUCUGGAUUGUUUGGGACAUAAACACAGGCUUCUUCCAACAAUGCCUGGUCCAGUGCAAGCUGGGUUUGGGGUGGUUGUUCUUAAUGGAAAGCUUCUUGUCAUGGGUGGCUAUUCCAUGAUUGAUGGGAUUGGCUCUGCCUCUGCAGAUGUUUACCAAUAUGAUUCCUGCCUCGACAGUUGGAGUAAAUCAGCAAAGAUGAAUGUGGCUCGGUAUGACUUUGCAUGUGCAGAGGUUAAUGGUAUGGUUUAUGCAGCUGGAGGCUAUGGUAUGGAUGGCGACAAUCUAUCUAGUGUGGAGGUGUACGACCCCGAUACUGACAAAUGGACCCUUAUAGAAAGUCUUCGCCGCCCAAGGUCGGGUUGCUUUGCCUGUGGGUUUGAGGGAAAGCUGUAUGUCAUGGGUGGAAGAUCUAGCUUCACAAUUGGAAACUCUAGGUUUGUUGAUGUGUACAACACUGAGAGGCGCACCUGGUGUGAAAUGAAGAAUGGUUGUGUCAUGGUCACUGCUCAUGCUGUGCUGGGAAAGAACCUCUUUUGUAUGGAGUGGAAGAACCAGCGGAAACUGGCAAUAUUCACUCCAGAUGACAAUUCGUGGAAGAUGGUACCAGUUCCAUUGACAGGGAGCUCGUGUAUCGGCUUUCGAUUUGGAAUACUGGACGAAAAAUUAUUGCUCUUCUCACUGCGGGAUGAACCCGGUUACCAAACUCUGUUGUAUGACCCAAAUGCAUCCCCUGGCUCAGAGUGGCAGACUUCUGAUAUAAAGCCGUCUGGUUUGUGCUUGUGCAGUGUGACAAUCAAGGCCUAGAAGCUCUCUUCGGAAAUUGAGGAUCUUCUCAGGAGUCUUGAAUGUAUCUUUAUAUGUAUUCUGUUUGUGGAUUCCAACUUUUCAAAACGUUUCUUAUGCCUAUUGUUAAAUAGGUUUUAUCUGGUAGGCUUAUUCUUGGGUGCAAGAGUGUUUCAUGAAGAAUAAAAACCUGAUUUACGUA